AUUCGGCUUCGACAAACCGCGAGCGCGCUGGCCGUCCGCACCCCGCGCGCACCGCUCCCGUCGACUUUCUGUCGCACCCGCGUCAGCCAGAGAAGAUCCGCCCCUCGCCAGUGGUCUCGGGGGUCCGGGCAUCGCUCCCAGUCGCUGAUUCCGCAGGGACUGGCGCAACUUCGGUCCGCUCGCGGCGCCACGGAGACGCACACGCACCGGCACCGAUGGCUGCGCUCGCGCUCACGGCGACCUGCUCUCUGCUGUGGAUCUCCAACAUUGCGUUAAGCGCUCGGGUUUAUCCUCCCAACGAAGUGACGCUGCUGGACUCGAGAACAGUGCAAGGCGAACUGAAAUGGGUGGCGAGUCCCACGGAGGGUGGGUGGGAAGAGGUGAGCAUCAUGGAUGAGAAGAACACACCCAUCCGGACGUACCAGGUGUGCAACGUGAUGGAGCCCAACCAGAACAACUGGCUGCGGACAGACUGGAUCGCCCGCGGCGGUGCCCAGCGCAUCUACGUGGAGAUCAAGUUCACGCUGCGCGACUGCAACAGCCUGCCGGGCGUGACGGGCACCUGCAAGGAGACGUUCAACCUCUACUACUACGAGUCCAACAACGACAAGGAGCGCUACAUCCGCGAGAACCAGUUCAGCAAGAUCGACACAGUGGCGGCGGACGAGAGCUUCACGCAGGUGGACAUCGGCGAUCGCAUCAUGAAGCUCAACACGGAGGUGCGCGACGUGGGCGUGCUGACGCGCAAGGGCUUCUACCUGGCCUUCCAGGACGUGGGCGCCUGCAUCGCGCUGGUGUCCGUGCGGAUCUUUUACAAGAAGUGCCCGCUCACCGUGCGGAGCCUGGCGCAGUUCCCCGACACCACCACGGGGGCCGACACUUCGUCGCUGGUGGAGGUGCGCGGCUCGUGCGUGGACCACUCGGAGGAGCGCGAGGUGCCAAAGAUGUACUGCGGUGCAGACGGCGAGUGGCUGGUGCCCAUCGGGAGCUGCCUGUGCAAUCCGGGGUUCGAGGAGCGCGCGGGCGCGUGCCAGGCUUGUAAGGUGGGCUAUUAUAGGGCCCUGGCCACAGAUGGCAGCUGUUCCAAGUGCCCACUUCACAGCUCCUCGGUGCGAGAGGGCUCCGUGUCCUGCACCUGCGACAAGGGAUUCUUCCGCUCUGAGACAGACCCCGCCUCCAUGCCGUGCACCCAGCCUCCAUCAGCACCGCAGCACCUGAUCUCCAAUGUGAACGAGACGUCGGUGAACCUGGAGUGGUCCGCGCCGGCGUGGUCAGGCGGGCGCCAGGACCUGGCCUACAAUGUGGUGUGCCGGCGGUGCGCCGCCGACGGGCAGCGGUGCCAGCCGUGCGACGCCGCCGUGCACUUCUCGCCCCAGCAGCUGGGGCUGCGCUCCACCCGCGUCUCCAUCAACGAGCUGGAGGCCCACACCAACUACACCUUCCAGGUGUGGGCCGUGAACGGCGUGUCGCAGCGGAGCCCGGGGCCCAACCAGGCUGCUUCCGUCACCGUCACCACCAACCAGGCUGCUCCAUCUCCGGUUACGUCCAUCCAGGCCAAGGACAUCACCCGGCACGCCGUGUCGCUGGCAUGGCAACAGCCAGAGCGGCCCAACGGAGUCAUCCUGGAAUACGAGGUCAAGUACUACGAGAAGGACCAGAACGAGCGCAGCUACCGCAUAAUGAAAACGACGUCACGCGGCGCCGAGGUCAAAGGUCUGAGCCCGCUCACCACCUACGUGUUCCACGUGCGCGCCCGUACCGCUGCCGGCUACGGGGAGUUCAGCGUGCCCUUCGAGUUCAUGACCAACUCAGUACCCUCGCCCGUCAUCGGCGAUGGCGCCAACUCCACCGUGCUGCUGGCCUGCGUCGUCGGCAGCGUGAUCCUCCUGCUCGUCUUCAUCGGGGUCUUCGUCAUCAGCCGCAGGAGGAGUAAAUACAGCAAGGCCAAGCAGGACUCCGACGAGGAGAAGCACCUGCAUCCAGGCGUCCGGAUCUAUGUGGACCCUUUCACUUACGAGGACCCCAACCAGGCCGUCCGCGAGUUCGCCAAGGAGAUCGACGCCUCCUGCAUUAAGAUCGAAAAGGUCAUCGGCAUCGGCGAGUUCGGCGAGGUGUGCAGCGGCCGCCUGAAGCUUCCCGGGAAGCGUGAGAUCUGCGCAGCCAUCAAGACGCUGAAGGCGGGAUACACGGAGAAGCAGAGGCGGGAUUUCCUGAGCGAGGCCAGCAUCAUGGGCCAGUUCGACCACCCCAACAUCAUCCGCCUGGAGGGCGUGGUCACCAAAUGUAAACCAGUCAUGAUCAUCACGGAAUACAUGGAGAACGGCUCACUCGACACGUUCCUGCGGAAGAACGACGGGCGCUUCACGGUCAUCCAGCUGGUGGGCAUCCUGCGCGGCAUCGCCUCGGGCAUGAAGUACCUGUCGGACAUGAGCUACGUGCACCGCGACCUGGCCGCCCGCAACAUCCUGGUCAACAGCAACCUGGUGUGCAAGGUGUCUGACUUCGGCAUGUCCCGGGUGCUGGAGGAGGACCCCGACGCGGCCUACACCACGCGGGAAAUAAUGGGAACCUAUCAAUCGCAGGGGGGAAAGAUCCCCAUCCGCUGGACGGCGCCGGAAGCCAUCGCCUACCGGAAGUUCACCUCCGCCAGUGACGUGUGGAGCUACGGCAUCGUCAUGUGGGAGGUGAUGUCGUACGGCGAGCGGCCGUACUGGGAGAUGUCCAAUCAAGACGUCAUAAAAGCGAUAGACGAGGGCUACAGGCUCCCGCCGCCCAUGGACUGCCCCAUGUCCUUGCACCAGCUGAUGCUGGACUGCUGGCAGAAAGAGAGGGCCGACAGGCCCAAGUUCGGCCAGAUCGUCAACAUGCUGGACAAGCUGAUCCGCAACCCCAACAGCCUGAAGCGGACCGGGGGCGAGAUAGCCAGACCCUGCACCACCCUUCUGGAGCCCAGCAGUCCAGAGUUCUCCUCUCCCCUGGGCUCUGUCUCUGAUUGGCUACAGGCCAUCAACAUGGAGCGUUACCGCGACAACUUCACCACUGCCGGCUACACCACUCCCGAGGCCGUAGUCCACAUGACGCAGGAAGACAUGUCCAGAAUAGGGAUCUCUUCCCCUGCACACCAGGACAAGAUCCUCAGCAGCGCGCAGGGUAUGCUGUCCCACAUGCAACAGAUACAAGACAGGAUGGUUCCCGUCUGAACCGGCAUGGAAGGAAGACAAAACUAAAAAAUGUACAAUUUUUUUUGUUGGUUUGUGUUUGUUUUGCUUUCGAAAAAGGGAUAUCUGUUUACCUCAUCCACGCACUUUAAAUUAAAGAUUCACAGAAGAAAAAGAUUUGUAAAAAGGGUCGAAGACGGGAAUGGCACGGCAUGAGAUGACACAGCACUUUUCUGGACAAAGGUACCUGAGUUUUUCCGGGAGCGUUCAAGCCUCCCCUCCCCGUCCCGGUGUUGUGACGUAGUGGAUAUGAUUCCAGAACGUUCUUCAGCCCGGCCUUCGCUACACGGUGGAACUAAUCGGACCUCUUCCUUUACUCUCCUCACCCUUUUUUUGUGCGUAUGCGGCAUUAUGUAAAUAAGUAGACCUUUUGGAUCUGCCCCUCCCCCGCAGGCCCCGCCCCCAGGCCCCGCCCCUAUCCUUGCCAUUUCAUCGUUACUUGCUGUGUCUGUCCACCUGGAAAUAUAAAACGGGGGCUUCAUUUGCAUUAUGAGAAGUGUUAAAGAAAAGAAAAAAAAAGACAUUUGUGAUCUCUUUAUACUUUUCUUCCGGUGCUUUCCGGCUGCGUGCACUCGUCACGCUAGGGAGAGGCAUUUCGUCUUCGGCGUGUUCGGAGCGGAGCGCGUCUCCGGUGUGGGAUCUGGAAGCCCUCCGGGGUUUCCCACCCUUUGAAAUGGAAUAUCUGUCUCCACUCCGCAGUUCUGCUCCCCGCUCUGCUUGGCUGGGAGCUCAUGGAUUGGAUUUGAGAACGCUCUUCCGAGUUUACGUCUCUCGCUCUCCUUCUCUCCCAACUUGGUCUCCAAGGCAUAUCCCUCCUUCCAACCCUCUCCUUUCUCCUGUUCUCACUCCCUCCGUCCAUCUCUCUCUCUCUCUCUCUC